AUGGUUGCAAAACCGCUUGAUUUUAAUAAUGAAAAUGAGAAAUAUGAAGAAAGGAGUGUUAGUCGCAACUCUAAUAAUUCCAAUUCAAAGACUAUAUGUAAUGGAAAUUUUAAACGUGAUCCUUUACCUGUUGAUUGUUUUAAAAAACAUAUUAUUGAAAUUCUUAAUCAUCUAGAGGACACAGUUAUUUUUAUUGGAGAGACUGCCAGCGGAAAGAGUACACAAAUUCCUCAGUUCUGUUGCGAUGCUGGACUUUCUGAAAAUGGUCUUAUCGGUGUUACACAACCCAGACGAGUUGCUGCUAAAACAUUAGCUGAAAGAGUUGCAAGAGAAAUGGGAACUAAAGUUGGACAAUUGGUUGGUUAUAAAUUUCGUUUUGAAAACAAUUGUGGCAAUGAUACACGUAUUCUUUAUCAAACUGAAGGAAUUUUAUUACGUGAAGCUCAACAUGAUGCUAGACUUAAACGUUAUUCAACAAUUAUUGUAGAUGAAGUACACGAAAGAACAAUUAAUAUGGAUGUUUUGCUUUAUAUCCUUAAACAAGCACAGACUAACAGAAAAGAAAAGGAUGAGGCCCCACUUCGUUUAAUUCUUAUGUCUGCGACUAUGAAUCUACAAAAAUUACAAAAAUAUUUCCACAAAGCCGAAGCUUAUUAUGUUCGUGGAAGACAGCAUGUUGUUAAGCUUUUCAAUGCACCAAGUCUAAAAAUUAAUGAAAAUGACUAUUUAUUUAAUGCAAUCUCUACUGUUCUACAGUUACAUUUAACGGAGCCAAUAGAGUUGAGAUCAACCCAGAAUAUCGGCACCCGAAAUAUUGUGACCCCAAAUAUCGAUGACUCAAAAACCCAUUAUAUCGAUUGCCCUAAAUAUCAAACUCCAUAUGAUUAA